CCUAAGUGACGCUACUUACUAGGUUUUUCAAUCAGCUGAUUCUGCGAAGAGUAAGCAACAGAAAUAUCAACGACAAGAGAUAUUUUAUGUUAUUCUCAAAGGAGCCUGUCGGCAUGUAUUGUCUUGAAGUAAUUAGUGACACACAGUCCUGCAUUCGAAUGAGCUUGGCUCCUCACCCCCCUCCUUGGCAGAUGCGAUUUCUCGCCCACGCCGUGCCACCGCUGUACUGCAGUAGACUCCCGCCAUGGACAAGAUUCUGGAGGCCCUGGUGAGCUCCUCUCACUCGGUGCCGGUGAAGAAGGCCAUCGUGAAGAAGGUGGUGGAGGCGGCGGAGAAGGAGGUGACCGAGGAGCAGUGCCAGGCGCUCUACAGCCUCACGGCCCGACUCAUCCUCCUGGGCGAGGACGCCUUCCAGCGGCAGGUGGGCUACCAGGUGCUGGAGGCGUACGCCCGCUACCACCGCUCCGAGUUUGAGCGUUUCUGCAGCAAGGAGUUCAUCGCGGGCUUGCUGCAGCAGGGCUAUGGCCCCCUGGACAGGAAGGACCCGGCCGUCAUCGACUACGUCCACAGCUGCCUGCGCCUGCUCAUCAGCUGUCCCUCGGUGCUGGAGAUCUUCGGGGUGAUCCAGGCGGAGGUGCUGCGGAUGGUGUGCGAGCGGCCGGAGCCGGCCCUGUGCGCCCGGCUCAGCACCAUGCUGCUGGACUUCGUGCAGUGCGUCCCCAGGGACAAGUCGGCUGCCCUCUUCUGCCAGCAGCUGGUGCGGACUAUCGGCUACUUCCAGUGCACCGCCAGCCGGGAGCAGGAGCUGCGCGAGUACGUCUCUCAGGUGACCAAAGUCGGCGCCCUGCUCCAGAACAUCUGGAAGGCCGAGCCGGCCACGCUGCUGCCCUCCCUGCAGGAGGUCUUCGCCAUCAUUUCUUCCACAGACCCUUCAUUUGAUCCUUCCAUUGCACUGGCAAGCCUGGUUCAGCACAUACCAUUGCAGAUGAUCACGGUCCUCAUCAAGAGCCUCACCACAGACCAGAAUGUGAAAGACGCCUGCAUGACACAGGCACUGUGCAGGAUGAUCGACUGGCUCUCAUGGCCUCUGGCGCAGUAUGUGGAUACGUGGGUGAUCGCACUGCUGAAGGGACUCGCAGCCGUGCAGAAGUUCACCAUCCUCAUUGACGUCACCCUUCUCAAAAUUGAGCUGGUGUUUAACCGUUUGUGGUACCCCAUCGUGAGGCAGGGGGCACUCGCUGUCCUCUCUCACAUGCUGCUCAGCUUCCAGCACUCCCCAGAGGCCUUCCACCUGGUUGUGCCGCACAUCGUGCCCCUGGUCCAAACGCUGAAAAGUGACGGGCUCCCUACAAGCAAAGCUUUCCUGCUGCAGUUCACUGACCUCAUUCACUGCAUGAUGUACCAAUACUCCGGCUUCCCAGACCUCUACGACAACAUCCUCGAAGCCAUUAAAGAGCUGCCUAAACCCAGCGAGGAGAAGAUCAAAUUGAUUUUGAACCAAAGUGCCUGGACCUCGCAGUCUAAUUCCCUGGCCUCCGGGUUGCUGAGGAUCACUGGGAAAUCGGAGACGGGCAAAACAGGCUUGAUUAACCUGGGGAACACCUGUUACAUGAACAGCAUCAUCCAGACUCUCUUCAUGGCCACAGAUUUCAGGCGAUCCGUUUUGUCCUUGAAUCUAAACGGCUCCCAUGCUCUGAUGAAGAAACUUCAGCUCCUCUUUGCCUUCCUAGCGCACACUCAGAGAGCAGCUUACGCCCCGAGGAAUUUCCUGGAGGCCUCGAGGCCGCCGUGGUUCAGCGCUGGAUCACAGCAGGACUGCUCCGAGUAUCUGCGCUUCCUGUUGGACAGAUUGCACGAAGAGGAGAAAACCAUCCACGCCUUGAAGCUGGUGAAGCCUCCUACAGCCCCCGCCGAGGCCAGCGCUAACAGCAACGGGGCGGUCCAGAGCUCUGUAGACACGCAUCGCCUCGCGGAGGAUCCCCCGCAGAGCGAGCGAGGCCGGAAAACGCUCAUCGAGAAGAUGUUCGGGGGCCGGCUGUCCACGGGCAUCCGCUGCAUGCAGUGCGCCAGCGUCUCCGAGAAAGAGGAGCCCUUCACCGACCUCUCCCUGGCCUUCUGCCCCUCGGCCACGCAGGGCGGCUCCCCCUCGGCCGAGGGCGGCGCCGACGUGGGGAAGGGCCCCGCCGCCGCCCGCCAGGGGCCCGUCAGCGGGGGCAGCGAGAGCCCCGACGGCCUGGCCAAGGAGAAGCAGGCGGGGUUGAACGGGGGCACGCCCCCCGCCGAAAGGCCGGCCCCCGACCCGCCGCUCACCCUGCCGGACCUGAUCAACUACUUCCUGGCCCCGGAGAUCCUGGACGAGGACAACAAGUACUACUGCGAGCACUGCGCCUCCCUGCAGCGCGCCGAGAAGGCCAUGCGCGUGGUGGAGGCCCCCGAAUACCUCAUCCUCACGCUGCUGCGCUUCUCCUACGACGCCAAGUUCCACGUGCGGCGCAAGAUCCUGGACAACGUGUCCAUCCCGCUCGUCAUGCAGCUGCCCGUGCACCGCCGGGCCGCCCCGUCCCAGGACGGCAGCCGCACCUCCUCCCCCCUGCAGGUGGACUCCCCCGACAGUGGCGAGAACCUGGCCAAAAAACUCAAGCCCUCCGGGAGGGAGGAGGCGGCGGGGACGGGCGGGAGCAGGGCAGGGAGCGAGGAGGCCCCGCCCCCGGCGCGGCCCGUGACCUACGUGCUGAGCUCGGUGGUGAUGCACUCGGGCAUGUCCUCCGAAAGCGGCCACUACUACUGCUACGGCAGGAACGUGAGCGGCGCCGACGGGGGCCCCCUGCCCGAACCCUGCCCCAGAGGGGAGGAGGAGGCCCCGGACGGCGGCAGCGCCACCGCCUCUCCCGCCGGCCUGGCGGACUCAGACCCACCGGCCUGCACCGCGCUCGCCAGGCAGGGGGCAGACAGCCUGGGCCAGCCGACCAGAGACUGGUUCCUCUUCAACGACAGCAGGGUGACGUUCACCUCCUUCCCGUCGGUGCAGAACGUCACCAGCAGGUUCCCGAAGGACACGGCCUACGUUCUGAUUUACAGGAAGCAGGAGCUCAGGCACAGCCAGGCGGGCGGCAGCCCCAAGGGGCGGAGACUGAGCGUAGAGCCGCCGCUGCAGAAGGAGCUCAUGGACGCCAUCACUAAGGACAAUAAGCUGUUCCUACAGGAACAGGAACUGAACGCCCGCACCCGAGCUCUGCAGGCCGCCUCGGCCUCCUGCUCCUUCCGACCCAACGGUUUCGACGACAACGACCCCCCCGGCAGCUGCGGGCCGUCCGGCGGGGGCGGGGGCGGAGGGGGCUUCAGCACGGUCAGCCGCCUGGUCUUCUGAAGCUGCCGGAGCGCAGCCAGAGCACUGGACACAACACUGGUCAACCGCAGGCCCUCGGUCCACGCCGCUGGUGAAGGGACACUGAGAAACACGCUACCUCUUGCCAUGCCAAGUGGUAGAUCUUCAAACCCGCUGUUCCAUUUUGCAUGCACUUACUGAGUUGUACUAAAACUGAGUUUGGCUUUUGUUUUUCUUUUCUUUUUUCCCCAAGACAAAAAAUUUGGCAUUUUUUUUUUCCUGCAAGUAUUUCUACUCAUCGCCCACUGGACGGUAAUAAGACACUCAAAGCAUAUCUAAUGCAAUAAUUUUAU